CUCCUCAUCUGUCACUUCCUGUCUCCACUUUCCCUCCCCCCUCCCGGCCCUUCCCUCACGCGCCGCCGCCGCCGCCGCCAGCACCACCACAAUGCAGCUCCGCCGCCGCCACCUCCUCCUCCCCCUCGCCCUCUCCUUCCUCGCCGCGGCCCUCACCGUCGCCCGCGCGCACAACAUCACGCGCCUCCUGGCGAAGCACCCGGAGUUCUCGACCUUCAACCACUACCUGACGGAGACCCACCUGGCGGCGGAGAUCAACAGCCGCACCACCAUCACCGUCAUGGCCCUCGACAACGCCGCCAUGAGCCGCCUCCUCGCCCCCCACCCCACCAUCGCCACCCUCAAGAACGUCCUCUCCCUCCACGUCCUCCUCGACUACUUCGGCCCCAAGAAGCUCCACCAGAUCACCAACGGCACCGCCCUCGCCGCCACCCUCUUCCAGGCCACCGGCUCCGCCCCCGGCUCCACCGGCUUCGUCAACAUCACCGACCUCAAGGGCGGCAAGGUCGGGUUCGCCCCGGAGGACAACAACGGCCGCCUCGACACCUACUUCGUCAAGGGCCUCGAGGAGAUCCCCUACAACAUCUCCAUCAUCCAGAUCAGCAACGCCCUCCCCUCCGACGUGGCCGCGGCGCCGACGCCGGGGCCCAGUGAGAUGAACCUGACGAGGCUGAUGUCGGCGCACGGGUGCAAGGUGUUCGCCGACACGCUGGACGCGAACGCGGACGCCAUGAAGACUUACGAGGACAAUGUGGAAGGAGGGUUGACCACAUUUUGCCCUCUCGAUGAUCCCUUCAAGCAAUUUCUGCCCAAGUACAAGAACUUGUCUGCACCGGGAAAGGCCUCUUUCCUCGAGUUCUUCGCCAUACCGAUGUACCUGUCCAUGGCCAUGUUGAAGUCCAACAAUGGACCGAUGAACACUUUGGCAACCGACGGGGCAAGCAAGUACGACUUCACGGUGCAGAACGAUGGCGAAGAGGUGACCCUAAAGACCAGAGUCAACAAGGUUAAGAUCACUGGGACUCUGCUAGACGAGCAGCCGCUGGCAAUCUAUUCGAUCGACAAGGUUCUGAUGCCGAAGGAGUUGUUUAAGACGGCAGCCCUGACUCCGGCCCCGGCUCCUGCACCUGAGAAGGCGGCCGAUUCGCCAAAGUCUUCGAAGGCAAAGUCGCCACCAGCUACUGCGGACUCACCAGCUGACUCUCCCGAGAGUGAUCCGGCUGAUCAGACCGCAGAUAGUAACGGCAGUGUGAGGUUCAAAAGCGCAAGAUCUGGUUUUCUGGUAUUGAGCUUGUGGUUUGGUGUGCAUUUUCUGCUAUGAGUCCAUUGUGCCUUUAGGCGUUUUCAUUUUUGGGGUGAAAUAAGUCAGGCGAGGUGGUUCAUAGGAUGUAGUAUUUAUUCCCAUUGAACUGGACAUAGUUCUUGAUUGGUUUUGGUGUCUCUUGUGUGCAUUUGUGAGGGUUUUCUGUGGUUGUGAUUUGCUUUUUGAUGCGUUGCGAGUUCAACUAGAGUUUGUCUCAGGAGGUGUAACAUAUAAUGAGUUCCUGUAUAUUUCAUUAUGAGAUUGUUUGGUAGUGAAUGAGUCAUUUGCGUCCUAA